ACAUAAAUAAGCACACGCUACUCCAACCCUCAAACUCAACUUCUCUCUUCUCUUCUCUCUCUCUCUGAAACCAUAUAGAUAUAUAAAGCGAUAACAGAAUCUACAUUCUUCCAUCUUCAAUCCUUCACACUUCGUUACCGUGGCGAGAAUCUUCAGAAUGGUGGUAGCUGCUGGCUCCAAGUUCAAUAAUUUGAGAAGAGGGAACAGUGCUUCUUGUUCUUCUCAUAAUGUUGUUAUCAAUGAUUAUAGUAAUAGUAAUAAUAGCUGUGAUGGAGAUUUUUCUAGAGUAAAUAGAAGUGGUUGUUUUUCAUCAAUGGUGGAUGUUGUUGAUAAAGACUCUUCUUGUGUUUCCUUCACUACUUUUAAUAUCCUUGCUCCUAUUUACAAACGGGUUGAUCCACAGAAUCAAGGACUUAGAGAAAGUGAUUUCAGAUCAUUUUGGUUGGCUAGGAAUCAAAGGAUUCUUGAUUCAUUGCUUUCUGAAUCAUCUUCUAUCAUGUGUCUACAGGAAUUUUGGGUUGAAAGUGAAGAACUAGUUCACAUGUAUGAGGAGAGACUUGGGGAUGCUGGCUACCAACUCAUCAAGCUUGCUCGAACCAACAACCGUGGAGACGGUCUGCUGACUGCUAUACGCAAAGAACAUUUAAGAAUCAUAAAUUAUCGAGAAUUGCUUUUCAAUGAUUGCGGUGACCGUGUUGCUCAGUUGUUACAUGUUCGAUCAGUUAAUCCCAUUUUUCAAAACCAAAUAGAAAGUGUUCACCAAGAGUUUCUGAUUGUGAAUACACACUUGCUUUUUCCUCAUGAUUCAAGUCUGUCUAUAGUGAGAUUGGACCAGGUUUAUCAAAUAUUACAAUAUGUGGAAUUGUAUCAGAGAGAAAACCGGCUCAAACCACUGCCUAUUAUUCUAUGCGGCGAUUGGAACGGAAGCAAGCGAGGACAUGUUUACAAGUUCCUUAGGUCGCAGGGUUUUGUAUCAUCAUACGAUAUUGCAAAUCAAUAUACUGAUAGUUAUGCAGACGCACACAAGUGGGUUAGUCACAGAAAUCAUAGAGGAAAUAUAUGUGGCGUUGAUUUCAUUUGGCUUUGUAAUCCUAACCAAACACGGAAACCCUUGAAAACAAGUUGGGCUGAAGCUGUAUUUAGUAUACUAAAGUUCCAGCUUCGGAAGGUAUUAUUGUCUGAAGAUGACACAUUUACCUUUUUGAAAGGCGACAACUGUGCUGAUUCCGUUAAAGCAUUUACCUUUUUAAAGGGCAACAACUGUGUUGAUUCUGUUACGUAUGUUAGUUUUUCUGAAGCACUCCGUAAGGUUAAGUUAAUUGGCGUGCCUUAUGGACUAUGCUUUCAACAGUUGCAAGAUCUAUGGAAUCAAGCUGAUGUAGAUGGAAAUGGUGUCAUCGACUUUGAAGAAUUCAAGCAAAAGAUUUGGAAUUCUACAUGUUCAGAGCACGUGUUGGAAAAUUUCAAUGGAUGCAUGGAGAAUUCUAAAACUGAGCAGGAGCUAGAAGCCAUUGGUUUUAAAGUGAAGAAUGCGAUGUUGUUUCCGCGUGAAAUGGAGAAAGGACGCUGGCCUGAAGAUUACUCUCUUUCUGAUCAUGCUAGGUUAACUGUUGUAUUUUCACCGGCAAAAAUGUCACACCUUUCAUGAUAAGGAUUAUCGACUAGUGGUUUACCAAUCCAAAGUUGUUGGUCUCUAUUACACGUUUUUUCUAGGAAUGAUAGGCUAUACUGGAACAUUUUUUCUCUCUAUAGUCUGAGAAUGCAUAAGGUAUAUAGCUAAAAAAAAGUGUUCCUUUUUAGGAGAAGUUUGAUAUGGGAGUAAAGAAGAACAUGAACAGUUUAUGGAUGAGCCUUCAGUGUAAUUUUUCAUUUUUAUUUUUAGCCCCCACAUCUAAUGUCUCAUCACUUUAUCUUGUAAAUAAUUGUGUGUGAAUAAGUAGUUAAGAGGACAUUUUUGGUAUU